AUGCCGUGCGCUGAGCGGAAGAAUAGCAGAAAGAAGCUAAACAACACCCUGCAUUGGUCCAUUAUUGGGGUGUCAGACCGUCGAGGGUUCAGCGGGCAAAACUCUGAAGAUAGAGAGCUGGCGGGCUGGACCCUCGACCCACAGCGAUCGACACAGUUCGGCACGAGACAUGGGACGUGCACCUUGGCCAGCAGUGAGAUGAGAGAGGUGGAAGUUGUAACCGAUUGGCUUGUCGGCAGUGGGCCAUUCAUGGUGGACAUGCAGUGGACAGCUUUGGGGGCAGCUGAACGGGCCUGGCGUUCCUGA